AUGGAUAAACGUUAUCGUCCUUAUGAUCCUUUCAUCCUUGCGCAAAAUGCAAGACAAGUGUAUUAUGUCCCAUAUCCAGAAAUGUGUAGAGAUAUGCGUGGAUGGUGUGCGGCAAUCACCACAAAACCAAGGGGUCGCGUAGAGAUUGACAACAUAGAGGAUGAAGUACCUUAUCAAUCUGAUGGGAUGUUACCGGCGCUACCCAAUGUAGAAAUUGAAGCAAUAUCUUGUUUGCGUGACAUGUCACAAUUAGAUGUGUUUGAAGAGAUUUUUGAUUGCUCUACUAGUGAAGCAGAUAGAGGGCAGAUAUUUGCAUCCUUGAAUUACUCAACACUUUUUUUGAUAUUGGUGAACCUGAAAAUACUGAUGACUAAAAGAGGUGGAAAAGCUAAGGUAUUAGCACCAGGAAAACUUCAAGAAGAACGAAAUCGCAUAAUUAACAAGAAGCAUGUCGUUAGGAAACCUGCUCAAACAACAUUGUCUAUGCAUGAUGCAUCAUCGGCACCAACACCAGCUCAGGCAGCACCGUCCGUGCAGGUUGCAUCGUCGAUGCCGACAUCAGCUUCGAAAAAAUCAUCUGUGCAGGCUGCAUCGUCGAUGCCAACACCAGCUCAGGAAGCAUCGUCCGUGCAGGUUGCAUCAUCAAUGCCAACAUCAGCUUCUAAAAAAUCGUGUGUGCAGGCUGCAUCGUUGAUGCCAACACCAGCUCAGGCAGCAUCGUCCGUGCAGGCUGCAUCGUCGAUGCCAACACCAGCUCAGGCAGCAUCGUCUGUGCAGGCUGCAUCGUCGAUGCCAACACCAGCUCCAACUGUAGUACCUGUUCAUGCCACUACCUCUGAGAAAUUCAGUUUUAUGCCUACUCCAACUUUAAGCCAUCAAACAAUGGCUGGCCCUCAAAGUAUAAACCUUCAAACAAUGGCUAGCCCUUCAAAUUUGGCAGAGGAGGAAGAUGUGGAUGCUGAUGAGGAUGAGGCGGUGGGUCAAGAAACUAUUACCCCUCUUGUGCCAACAAUAGAUGAGAAUGGGAAAGUUAUUAUAAAACCAUCUGGUACUGGGCUAGUUCCUGCCAAAGAAGUUGCUGGUGCCAUUAAUUAUGCGAUACGCAAACAAUUUUAUAAACCUAUACAUCAUUGGUCUGCACUCGAUCCUGAUACGAAAGCUGAUUGGUUUAAGUUGUUUGGAGAGAAGGUUUCGUGGGAUCCUUUCGAUCAUGCAUUUGUCUAUAGUGCAUUUGAAAAAAAAGGAAGAAAACGAUUAAACGACAUGUUGGGGAAGGCGAGGAGAAAAGGGACUCGACCUUCAUGGAUUGGUGAUGAUGCUUGGAUUGAACUUCAAACUUAUUGGAAAAAGACCGAGUUUUUGGCUGUGUCUUCUCAAAACAAGACCAAUCGAGCUUCCGCAAGAGGCGGAGCAGUCCACACCACAGGUCGUAAGGCUCAUAUUGAUGUUGCACUUCAACUUUCACGUGAACUUCAAAGGGAUCUGCGUCCCGAUGAGUUAUUUUUAAAAACACACAAGAGGAAAAAUGGUGAAUGGGUUGACAGUCGUGCUGCAUCUACUUAUGUAAGUUCUCGUAAAUUUUACUGCAUCAAUAUUUGCAUCCAUGCUUUCAGAAGCAGACUUAUUCAAAUUAAACUCUCCAAAAAGGAUCUAGUUAUCCAUUUUUAUAGUCUAAUUCCUAACACUAACAGUCCUAACACUAACAAAUAUUUGCUGCAACAAAAGACUUUUAAAGAGAAGUUUGAUGCAGAACUUCAGCCAACUGAAGAAGGGAAUGGAGAGGUUGUUCAGGUGUUAGAUGGAGAGCGUGUAAAUCAGCUAUGGACAGAGGCUGCUGGGGGCCGUAACCGUGGUCGGGUUUAUGGCGCUGCAGAUUUAGCUAUUAAUCUAAAACGUGGAUCAAAAAGUUUUACCCAACAAUCUCAAACUCCUCAACACUCUAUGUUUGGGAUGUCAUUAGAAGCUGAAAGAGCAGCUAGAAUUAGAGCUGAACAAAUUGCCGAGGCUGCAACGACCCAAUUACAAGAGGCUAACGAAGCAAUGCGAGCUGCUACCGAGGCUGCAAAAGCUGCUACCGAGACUGCACAAAGGAUGGAGAGGGAGAUGAAUGCUUGGAAGGAAUUUAUGAUGAAGAAAUUUGACACUUCAACUUUUGUAUCACAUUCUCAUCAUUAUGAUGAUGAUUUGGAUGAUCAAUCAUUAGAUGAAGAUUGA